AUGGGUGCUCCGCUGGCCUCCUGGCCAUGGGCAAGCCUCGGCUCCUACAAGGCAAGCAAGCACUGCCUGUCUGAUUCAUCCGCUGCACCCGCCAUUGCUGUUAGCUUGACGCUAGCUAUCUCUUGCUCAUCAUCAUCGGUACACGACUACCUGCUGUACGGGCCUCUGGUGGCGCAGGCGUGGAGGGAGACGGGGAGCCUGCCGCUGGGCUCGUCGUGGUGCCUCCACCUGCUGCUCCUCUUGGCACUCCGCUCGCUCACCUUCCAGCUCUGGUUCUCCUACGGCAACAUGCUCUUCUUCACCCGCCGCCGCCGCGUCGUCAAGGACGAAGUCGACUUCCGCCAGAUCCACGCCGAGUGGGACUGGUAUUUAAGCCUGCACCACAGGGAGAAGGACUGCAAUUUCUGCCUGUUUAUGCCUCUGUACGACGCCCUUGGAGGGACCAUCAACUCCAUAUCGUGGGAGCUUCAGAAACAGGUCGACCAAGGCAUGAACGACCGAGUGCCGGACUUCGUGUUCCUGGCGCACGUGGUGGACGUGGUGUCGUCGAUGCACGUGCCGUUCGCGUUCCGGUCCUGCAGCUCGCUGCCGUGGGCCACGCACCCGGUGCUGCUCCCGCUCUGGCCCGUCGCCUUCGGCUUCAUGCUCCUCCAGUGGUUCUUCUCCAAGACCUUCACCGUCAGCUUCUACUUCCUCCGCGGCCGGCUCCACCAUACGUGGAGCGUCCCCAGAUAUGGCUUCCAGUACUUCAUCCCGUCGGCGAAGAAGGGCAUCAACCGCCAGAUCGAGCUCGCCAUCCUCAGGGCAGACAAGAUGGGCGUCAAAGUCAUCAGCCUUGCUGCACUGAACAAGAACGAGGCUCUCAACGGCGGCGGCAGGCUGUUCGUGAGCAAGCACCCAAACCUGAGAGUGAGGGUGGUGCACGGCAACACCCUGACGGCGGCUGUGAUCCUCAACGAGAUCCCCAGCAACGUGAGGGAGAUGUUCCUCACCGGCGCCACGUCUAAGCUCGGCAGGGCCAUCGCGCUCUACCUCUGCAGGAAGAAGAUCAGGGUCUUGAUACUGACGCUUUCGACGGAGAGGUUCCUGAAGAUCCAGAGGGAGGCGCCGUCAGAGUUCCAGCAGUUCCUCGUGCAGGUCACCAAGUAUCAGGCGGCGCAGGGCUGCAAGACAUGGAUCGUGGGCAAGUGGCUGUCGCCGCGGGAGCAGCGGUGGGCGCCGCCGGGCACGCACUUCCACCAGUUCGUGGUGCCGCCCAUCAUCGGCUUCCGCCGGGGCUGCACCUACGGCAAGCUCGCCGCCAUGAGGCUGCCCAAGGACGUGCAGGGCCUCGGCUCCUGCGAGUACACGAUGGAGCGCGGGGUGGUGCACGCGUGCCACGCCGGCGGCGUGGUGCACUGCCUGCCUGGAAGGGUGAGAGCACCACGAGGUGGGCGCCAUCGACGUGGACCGAAUCGACGUCGUGUGGAAGGCGGCGCUCAAGCACGGGCUCACGCCGGCGUGAGCAGCCGGAACGGGAGAUGCGGCCGGCGCGCGCCGCGCCGGCCCGCCCGGAAAUAA